UGCUGCACACGAGCCAGUUUUUGGGGAGAAAUUCAGUUUCUGGCAAAACGUGAUCAAGUGCGCAUCGUUGCUGCGCGCGUUUUGAUACGCACGAACCACCAAAUCGGUACGUGUUUACGACUGUUCUGUUUGGGAAAAACAUUUCCUUUCGGGCCCGGUUGGCUUGUUAUUUUUUUUGUAUUUGCGCAUUUUCUCAAUUCGGCAACUCGUGCGCGCGUGUGUAUGUGUGCUUGUGCGCGUGUGUGUGUAUAUAUACAUAUAUGUGAUUGUGUACGUUUCCACCCAUUUCCAUCCUCGUGCUGGAAAGUGUGUCCCGUGUCUCACACCCACGCAAAACCUUGCAGUGGAUUGUUGGGAGAAAUGCUUUCUACCAAGCCUCAAUCGGUUUCGUGAAGAUUUUGUUUUGAUAUCACCAGUGUGAACAGCACCGGAUUCCGUGCAUCUUCAAAGAACAACAAAACGCGAGUGAACACAGCAAAUGCGAGGAGUUUUAAAUGUGAGCAAAGUGUAAAUGAGUUGAUUCGGUUUGAUAACGCAUUUUAACGCAAAAGCGCGCGCCUGAGAGAGGGAGAGAGCGCGAGUGUGUGCAAAAAUGAAGGAACGCAUAUGAGAAAGAGAAACUACACCGCCUACUAGAGGAACUUCUCUGUGAGCAAAAUCAACGUUUAGCAGCAUCCUUUCUGCUGCUUGGCAACGACAAUACCGUUGCCUACCGUUGGAACACCAAACAGUAUCGGUGUGGAAGAGUCAUCAAAGUAUCCCGGUUCCGGGGCCUUUUUUUCCCGCUUCUCAACCCGGCGAGUUAGACGAAAACAGGAAAACAACAUCGUACACACCGGUCGCGAGUCACUUUUCAGCGCACCACAAGUCGCCACUUUAGAGAGCUUGACCAAGUUACGUUCUAGUUCGGUUUAGUGCUCCAAUUAUAGUUUGUUGUUACGCUAGGAUCUACUACCUUCUAGAAGCAGCAACAGUAGUAGAUGCAUUACGUUAGUUAUGGUUCAUUGUUCUAUGCGUUUGUUCAGGUGUUUCAAUAUACGACUCCCGAACCUCAGUUUUUUUGAAUAGCAAUUUGUUAAAAUUUUUGUUAUAAAGUUAUUGUUCCCUCUCUGUCGUGAAUUUGUGUGACAAGCAAGUGACAUUCUUGUCGAAUUGAGUCCUAAUUUCGAUUAAGUUGUUCCAGUAAUAAAGUGUUCUCACUUCCAACCAGGAAGUGUCUAAGACAUUCGAAGACCUUCAUCUCGCAAAAAACUGUCCAGAAGCAAAAAUCCUACGCUUGUGGCAAGGUGAUCCACAUUCAAAAGAAGAAGAAGCAAACAGAAGAAAAACAAUAAUGAUCCCAAGGAUAGCAUAAGAACGAUACAUUAAGAAAUCCAACGCUGGAUGUCUUCUAUUGCGUCUGUCUGCCAUAUUGGUGCCUAAGAUUCCUGGUUGGCCUAACGUCGGUUUCCUGCCGUGGUGCGUGAGUGCGUGUGUGUGUUGCGGGGUGAAAGUGUACAAGCCGGACAGGAUCAUGUAUCCCGCCGUGCAAUUGGCGCCAAAGGAUACGACGACCGCAACGGUGACAAAGUCCCCGUAAUGUCGGCUACGGUACGAUAAGACCUUUUUGGUAAUGGAGUAGUGUACCUUCGGGUCCGUUACGGAACAUGUUGGAUAUUUAUGUGUUUCGGUAGUGAUUGUGCAUUAGGCUGUAUUGGUGGAAGUUAUACGUGAAAUUGAGUCACAAUAGAAACAACCACGAACGUAUUCGCAACAGGAGAAAAAAGGGGCAAAAAUAGUGCAAAUCGAUCUGUAUCAUACUAUAAAACCAAUUUAUGCCAUUGUGCCAGAAGAGAAAAUCGUGUGGGAACGUAGUAGUAGAUUGAAGCAAAAACAAAGGAACACACAGGAAUAAUGGCCGCAUACGCUCAAUUUGGCUACACAUAUCCGCCGGCAAGUCAGCUGCUCGUUAGCGGUGGACAGACGACGACCGCAAGCUCCCAGUCACCGAUCUCCGCCACGAAUGCUCCCUCGCUCAGUCCCGGCGGUUCGGCCACCGGUGCACCGUCCGGUGCCCUCAGUCCCGGUGCCGUCUCCCAAACCUCGCAAAACAAUGCCUCACUCGGUGGGGGCGGUGGUGCCGGUGGUGGAGGCGGUCCGGCGACGUCCUGCUGUGAAAAUGGCCGCCCGAUCAUGACCGAUCCCGUGUCCGGCCAGACAGUGUGCUCGUGUCAGUACGAUUCGGCACGGUUAGCGCUGUCGGGCUAUUCGCGCAUUCCCACCGGAAGUGUCGGUGUGUACGGGACGCCUUACCCUUCGACGGAGCAGAACCCCUACCCGAGCAUCGGUGUGGACAGUUCCGCCUUCUACUCCCCGCUGAGCAAUCCCUAUGCAUUGAAGGACAGUGGGCCAACAAGUGAUAUGACAGCGUGGACUUCCGCCGGAUUGCAGCCUACGACGGGAUACUAUCCGUACGACCCUACCCUAGCUGCCUAUGGAUAUGGUGCGGGAUAUGAUUUGGCCGCACGCCGGAAGAAUGCAACGCGCGAAUCGACCGCAACGCUGAAGGCGUGGCUGAACGAGCACAAGAAGAACCCUUACCCGACCAAGGGCGAAAAGAUCAUGCUGGCGAUCAUCACAAAGAUGACGCUAACGCAGGUGUCCACCUGGUUUGCGAACGCGCGGCGGCGGCUCAAGAAGGAAAACAAGAUGACGUGGGAGCCAAAGAACAAGACGGACGACGAUGACGAUGCGAUGGUGUCGGACGACGAGAAGGACAAGGACGAUCUCGAUCCGGACAAGGGUGGUCGUGAUCAUAAAGACAUGCAUCACCAUCAUCACCAUCAUCAGCAUCACGUCAAGUCCGAGCACGACAAGGACGAGGAUGAUGACGAUCUGACCGACGACGAACGGAAGCCGGAAAACUUAAUGGGGCAUCCGGGACAUCUGGGGCAGCAUCAUCCGUACUACCACCAUUCGAUGCUCGGGGGACACCACCAUCAAACCCAUCACCAUCAGCAGCAGCAGCAGCAUCCGCUUCAGCAGCAUCCGCAGCUGCAGCAUCAUCCACAUCACGGCGGUUUGCUGAAGGGCGAUAUGGACCAUUCAAAAAACCAAACGGGCAGCGACUGUGGUGUGCCGAUUCCAGCCUCAAAGCCAAAAAUCUGGAGUCUAGCCGACACAGCCGCUUGCAAAACGCCACCACCACACCACCUUCCGCUCCACCUUCAGCACCACCACCAUCAGCACCAUCCGCACCAGCAGCACCAGCAGCAGCUUCAGCAUCAUCAGCUGCAGCAAUCGCAUCCUGCGCAGGGUCUGCACGGUUCCUGGAUGACCGGUACGAACGCCGACUAUCACCCAAACCAACCGCAACAGGCCCACCAUCUGCAGCAACAGCAGCAGCAACAGCAUCUACAGCAGCAAUCCUCCCAGCAGGCGCAUCACCUGCAGCAGCAGCAGCAGCAACAUCAUGUGCAGCAUCCGGGCAACAGCAAUGGGGCGAACAGUAUGAUGAUGAUCGGCGACGCCGGUUCGCCCAUGAGUAUGAGUAUGGGAAAUACCAGCAACAGCAGCAACACCACCCCACCCAACAAUCAAGGUAUGGGGGGGAGUAUGGCCAGUGGUAUGAUGAACAGUUUCGCGAGUACCCCUUAUUCCCGCUAUGGGGGGUUUCUAGCAGGAGCUCAACACUACAAUACUACCCUCAACAACAGCAGCAGCAACAGCAGCAACAGCAGCAAUACCAGCAACAACAGUUCGACUACGGGCCAACCGGUAUUGAACCACCCUACAACGCCAACUUUGCAACAGCAGCAGCAGCAGCAAGGCAACAACCUCCAACAGCAGCAUCAACAACAGCCUAUGAACAGUACCCCGUCCCAGCAACAGUCGAUGGGGUUUCCCGAGGUCCAGACCGACACGCCGCCCCAAACACCGCCGAAUAUGAAGCUGCCCAGCAUGGCGGCGAACCUUCUUACAACCCCUACGACCGGUACCUGCUACAGUAGCAGCAACGGCGCGACUCCCAACCCGGCCAGUGUGAAUGGCACUAGCAACAUCAACAACAACAAUCCAUCCACUGCUAACAACAAUAACAACAAUGCAGGCGGUUCUAGCAGUGGGUAUGCGUCAUCGCCGGAUUCAAUGUCGCAGCAAGGUACCGGUGCACCUACGGGCGGUUUCUUCCGCAUGCAGCAACAACAGCAACAGGAACAACCGGAUGGCUUUAAACCGUUCUUUAAGAACUCAUCGCAAGUCGGAAACGGUUACGUAUCACCGGUUUGAGCUAACCAACGACCGGACCUGUUCCGAGGAUCUCACGUGGAAAGCAUAAGAUUACGGCUAAACAGCAUUACCAGAGCUAUCAACAAUCACCACAAAUAUGGAGUAGCAUAAAGGCGACAACAUCCAGCAUAAGACAUGUACAGAGAAGCUUAUAUCGAUCGAGACACCCUCCACUUCGAAAAACCCGCAAAUGCAAAUGGCAGAACACAGGACACAAAUCCUUUGGUUUGACGCUUUUUUUUCCGCUGGAGAUUUGUUUUCACCGUAACGCGUCCUGCUCUGUGCGCCUUUCAUCGCGACAUGUGAGACCAACUCAACCAAACCUUUUUGCUGAAGAAACAUUAUCCAUCAUCGCUGGAGGAAAUUGCACAACCUAUCAAACGAGAAGCUACCAUACCACCGCAAAUACACAGUAUACCUAUGGAGAAUGUUCAUUUGGCGGUUCGUACGAAACACGAGAGUAUUCUAUUUGAGGACGGAGCAAAUGGCGACG